AUGCCAGGCGGUCUGGAGAAGGCAUGUCAUCAGUGCAUUUCUAAGAUCGCCAGCAAUGCCUGCUUCGUUUGUGGGCUCUUCGCCUUCCUGGUGCUGCCGCUUUCCAUGACCUUCACAGGAAUGAAGUUUUUGGAGGACUGCCCCAUACAGCCUCUCAUUCCUUUAUAUUUGCUAGUGGGUGGGAUCGUUGGUACUUUAAAGGUGUCCCUCCUGCUGUAUGACUCCACCAGGAUGAGGCGGCUUCUGUCCAAGGCCGUGGUGAUUGAUGACGAUGAUGAUGAUGACGAAUACCCCUGGAGGCAGAAUGCGCACAAAUACUACAUCCACCUCGUCCUCAGCCUCUUCCUCUUCCUCUGGUUCAUUCUGGGCAAUUACUGGGUCUUUUCUGUGUACCUGCCUGAUUUUAUUCCCCCUUUCCUGCAGCCUCAGGAUUACUGUGACAAAACCCUGUACCUCUUUGCAGUCGGGGUUCUGGUGCUUAGUCACAUUGUGCUGGUCUUACUCGUCCUGUGCAGCAUUUGUGUCUACAUGUGUUCCCAGUGGAAAUUUGCUGCUGAUGAAGACUGA